ACUAAACAUGACAACAAAAUCACAAACAGCAGUGUAAGCCCUUGGUCAAACAAUACAACCAUAUUAAUUAUUCAUACCAUAGUGCAUGCUGGGAAGAGUGUGUGGGGCUGAAAAACAAAUCACUUCUUCAGUGUACAGAACUAACAAAGCCUUCAUCCAAAUAAUCUGUUAUGUUUUUCGGGUUGACUUAAUACUGUAAGAGUAGAUAUAGAGUAAGAGCGUUUCUUAUCUACCUGAAUAGUUGUUCUUCAUAAGAGCAAAACACCAAAUCCAUCAAGUAAACAUUUUGUUUGUUGUCUUUCAAGAUUAUUUACGUGAUAUAAGAGUCAUAUUUCAGCAUGUGUGAUGAUCAGGACGGUCGCCCGCGUGUUUGAAGCAGCAUCAACAAGGUUGAUUUGUGCCCAGAGGAAUUCUGCUAAUUAUAAAACACAGAGAUGACUCGCGUUAAUUAACAAUCCAAUUACGCUUCCCUACAUUUGAUUUUUUUUCACCCACAUUGUAAUCUUCCAAUCUCUCCAUCUCUUUCUCAUUUAAAUCGUGUCAUCUUGUAACGAGGUGUAAUCAGUGUGAUAAUACAAGAGCCAGCCAAUUAAAACGCGUCAGUAUUAUUACUUCUCGGCUUUUUAAACAUCGCUAACACACACCCACCAUGUGAUUACAUAAGAUCUGCGGGUUAGUAAGUUACAGUAUAAGUAGAUGAUACCGAUGGUGACUAAAGUAAAGCAGGACUUCAUCUCAGCUCAUUUCGCAUCCUCUCUCAACCUUUCGCUUUUCCAAACUCUCCCCCCUCCUUUAUCCCUCUCUUUUUUCUUAUCAAACGCACACGGUCUGCAGCAGUGGAUGAGGAGCAUCGUCUGCGUCCGCGAGCGCGCGCCAACUGUCUGCACUUGAAAGUCUCUCUGUGUGUGUGUGUGUGUGUGUGUGUAAUGCGCGCACCCAUGUACCUCUCUCAGUGAUGUGAGAAAUCAAGAGGGGCACAUCUCUUAAGCCUCCUUGUGGUGGGAUUUCAAUUUGACGCACUAAACGAAGCGCGCAUCUUCGCCCUCAUACACUCUGCAUGUGUGUGAGUGCGCGCGUGUGUGCGCGUGAGCGUGUCCGCUCGCUGCAGCUCCGGCGUCGGGCAAACCCUCUCACUGCUGCACUUCAGCAAAUGUGGAGCAACUCGUCUGCUGCCGGCCGCCUCGCAUGGCUCCAAAACCAGCGGAUAUGCCCCAGUGCCGCGGGAGACUGACGCCUUCACUGUCUUCCUCUCCUCCGCUAAUGGUCCUCUCAGGGAGUUAUGGUCAGUAAGGAGGCAGGCCGCUGCACUCUGUCAAGCUCAGAGUCUGACUCGGAGUCUGGUGGUCCUUCGUUGGAGCGGAGCGGAGCAGACGCGGUGCGCAAGCGAAACAAAGCCCUGCAGGUGCGCUUUAAAGACAUCUGCGAGGCGCAGAAUGAGGUCGCCCACCGAGGUGCCAGGGACCGCUCUGUUUCCUGCAAGGUCAUCCACCGGAGGUACAUGACCAUGCCUGCACGCCGCUCCAUCCCAAAUGUCACCAAGAGCACAGGUGUGCAAACUUCACCUGACUUGAAGAAGCGCUACCAGACUUUCCCCUUCGAGCGCAAGAAGGGAAACGUCAUCAAACACACGGCUCUGGUUGAGAACCACCCAGAUCAAAACAAUGGCUUUCUGAGUGAUGUGAAGGAUGGGAAGCGGGGCGCAAGGUGUGACGGGCAUGUGCAGCAAACCCGAGUAUUGCUUCACACUACACCGCAGUGCAGCGAUGCUAAGGACUUAUGUGCAGGGCCGGACUGUUCGGAUGGAAAACUCUGCCCUGAUCUGUCAGAUGCAGCUUUGGAUCAGUCAGAUGCCAAUGUCCCAGGGAGUGGGGCCAAGCACAAGGGAUUACCUAGUGAGAGCGAGGCAGGAGUAGGACAACAGCCCAACUGUGCCUCCUCGACCACACCGACUCAACCUCUGCCGGUCAGGGGUGACUGUUCAAAGAUUUCCGGCCCUAUUGCAUGGACGUCUUUGACUCAAGUGGAGUGCCCGGAGAGUCCCUCAGGGAGCUGCGCUCGCAAAAAAGACACGGCGCAGCUGAAUGGACUGCAGACACAGUCUCAGGCUUUGCCUCAUUCGGCGAGCUGUGCUUCCCAAGCUCACAUACGGGCCCACUGUCACAGUAGCCAAAACUCGGGCCCCACAGAGACCCAGCAGCAAGGCACGAGGGGGCAGCUGAUUGCUCUCCCAGGGGUUGAUGGGAACGUAAAAGCAAGGCUUCAAGCCAUGGAGACUCUGAUCAGCUCUAGUCAAGAAACCAUCAAAGUGCUGCUGGGGGUCAUUCAGGAACUGGAAAGAGGAGAAGCACAGCGAGAGGGACUGUCAUACCGAACUGGGCAGGAUACAGCCAACUGUGACACGUGUCGUAACAGUGCCUGCAUCAUAUAUAGUGUGGAACUAGAUUUUAAACUUCAAGAGGACAAACUUCAGCCCUUAAUGAAGAGACUGUGUCCAUUAGAAGAGCCGUUGUACCCCUCUCUGCCUUACGCACAUGAGGUGUUCACCUCGACACCCAAGCGCAAGUCCAAGACUGAGUCCAAGAAACACGCUCGGUGGAAACUCUGGUUUCUCUAAACCGUGGAUUCAGCAUCCAGAAACCAUCAGGCAACCAAAACAAGCAAAUUCUACUGGAAUUCUGCUUCACUCAAUGGAUAAACAUGGAAAAAUGCUCCCUUUUAGCCAGCGUUUUGGAACAUGUGCCACUGGAUCCACCGAGCGACUGGAAUUUAUUAAGGAAUAACAGUUGUUUUCUAAUCAUGACCCUCUGAUAAACCCUCUGAGUUUGGGAACUGCUGAAUUCACCCGAUCUCAUGUUUUCCAAAAGGAUUACACAAUGAUCCUUAGGUUUAGACACGUUAGCAAGGGACCCUGCAGAGGUGUCAAGAAACUUCAAAGCUUAAUGCUAUUUUGCCACAAAACUACUUUGGAGCCGUACAUCAAAGACAUCUAAUCAGCAAAGCACAAACUUUUGAGAAUUAUAAAUUAGAUUAUAUAGCUGAAAUUUUACUUCUUCCUUUCUCUCUUUUUCUUUCUUUCUCUUUCUUUCUAAACUUUCACUUCUUUAAUUUUAAAUGAAAAUGAUCAGUCUAUGAGAGAACAAAUUCAAUUAAACAUUUUGAGUAAAUGCAGAAUCAGUUGACUGCAUGCACUAGUAAUCAUUGGUUUUGUAGAGAUAUUUUUUCUUGGAAAAUGUUGUGGAUGCACAAUUAGUAUGUCAGAACUUGUUAGGCUGUGAAUGUGUGAGUGCAAAUGGGUUUACACAGUUGGUGUUCUAAAAAAGGAUUCAUAAUGUAUGAAAACACAAACUUUCAGUUUUUUUCUUUCAGUUUUUGCAGAUUUCUUCAGCAGAGAUAUUGGAAUAUUAACAUUUCUUUGAUAAGAAAAACAUUCACAGAAAUAAAUAUGAGAAUAUGACACCGUAUUCACAGCAUAAACAUGAACCCUAGGUCACUUUUUCAGUAGAUGUGUUUUUAAAGAUGCGUGAUAAUGUGACUGAAUUGGCUGGAGAUUACUUCUAGACAAUAUAUACCAUGAUGGAAAAAGUAUGAGAACACCUUUAAUCUGUUUAGAUGUUUCGUGUUAUUUGGUGGAAAGUGCACAACUUCAGAACACAACACAGCAGAUAUAGGCUCUGGCCUAUAACACACACCACUCUGUUCAAGCUGACAUGUCAUUUGUUCAAUUAAAUUUUAAUAUGAUGGCGGUCAAUCACUGAAAUCUUGUGCUUGUUUACCCACCUGAAGCAAAGUUAUGAAACAAUCACAACACAAACUGGUGAGUAUAAUCAUGCAGGUAACACAUAGAGGGCUAUGUAUAUACAAACUUAGCAUUUAUUUAGCUUUAAACUAUAUUUGUAUUAGAUAUUCCAAAUCAGACUCAUGAAAAAUAUCUGCCUUUGGUGACAUUUUUGCAAAAUAAAUAAAUAAACAAUC